UAAAAGUAAGGCAAACAAUGUUAGGCUGAAAUUGUUACAAAAAUACAUCAAAAUGAAGCUGGUUUUUUUCUCUAUCAUUGCUGUUCUCUUCUUCGUGAUGUUUCAAGGCGUGAUUACCCAAGAAUAUCGUUACAAGAAACCGGCGUAUAAAUAUCGCAAUUCGAUGGAUGAAUAUGAUGAAGGAGAAAUUGCAGAUUCUAAUAUAAACAAACCCAAACGACCGGUACAAGAUAUGCGAUACAAUAUAUUUGAUUAAGAUGAAAGCUAAAUAUCUACCACACAUCCAAUAAACUUUACCAAAACUUUAAUAUGUAUUAUAGAUACAUGAUUGUAUUGAUUUGUUAUGUACUUUUGCUUUUGGCUAAAUAUUAAAUAAACAAUUCG